AUGGCUUCCCCAGACUCAUGUGAAUCAGCUACAUUUACCUUCAAGCUACCGGAUGUCUCGGGCGAGACCAUCGCAGUCAAAGUCGGCCUCCAGAUCGUCGACGUACACAAGGACCUCAUCAGCAGCAGCUCCGAGUUCUUCAGGAACGCCAUUAAGUCCGAGUCGAUGUCAUCUUCCCGGUUCAUCGAUCUGUCCGACCAACAGCCUCAUCUUUUCGAUAAAUACUGUCAAUGGCUAUAUACUCGAGACCUUGACACGAAAUUACACGAUCACAAAGGAUUCAGUUACCUGGCUCAUAUGUAUGUCUUGGGAGAGAAGUUGAUCGACCCAACGUUCCAGAACGAUGUCGUCGACGCCAUUAUUUUCCGCAAUGUCACUGCGCGACUGAGUCGAAAAGUCCCGCGCUACAAGGUACCUGAUCUGGAAGCUAUCAGAACCAUCUACAAGGGCGCUCCGAGAGAAGCCCCUGUAAGGUGUCUCCUGGUGGAUAUGUGGGUUUUCAACAUGGACUCCUCUUGGGUGACUGAUACGAAACUUCGAGCGCCAGAGAACAAACCUUUUCUGGAUGACCUCUUACCGGUACUGUUAGACAGGCGAGGACUACCGGGUGCUUCCCAAGCUAGGCCAUGGAUAUCGCAACGAAGUUCCUAUUACAACAAGGGUGUCGUAAUCAAGAGCGAAAUGCCGGAAGACAGGGGCAGCGAGGCGAUCUCUGAGCCUUCCAUCAAGGAUGACCCUUCCGCCGAGGAGGAAGCUUUCGUUAAGAACGAGCCUUACGUUGAGGAUGAAACUCACAUCAAGGAAGAGCCUUCCAUGAUAGAUGAGCCCUUCAUCGAGGUCGAGCCUUCCAGCGAGGAAGAGCUUUCCAGCGAAGAUGAGUCUUCCAGCGGGGAUGGAUCACCCAGCGAGGAUGAGCCUGCCAACAAUACUGACCCUUCCGUCCAGGAGGAGGUGGACGUGCUUGAUACAUUCUGGGGUAUGUAG